AUGAACUCAAAGUCACUGCGCCGCCUCGCCGCGGACCACGGCUCCCUCCACACCGCCGGCCUCCCCCCAAACUACCUAUUCCCACCGGGCUCCGACGACUCGUCAGACCUAACGACGCUCGACAUCCUCCUCGCCGGUCCUGUCGGCACACCCUACGCAGGCGGUGUAUGGCGCCUCCACCUCGAUAUUCCGCCCACGUACCCCACCGCACCGCCCACAGCGCAGUUCCGCACGCGAUUAUGGCACCCAAACAUCGACGAGGCAACAGGCGCCGUGUGUGUGGAGACGCUGAAGAGGGACUGGAGUAGCACGCUCAAGCUCCGCGAUGUGCUUGUUACGAUAUCCUGCCUACUCAUACAACCAAACCCAGCGAGUGCAUUGAACGAAGCAGCCGGGAAACUAGCGGUCGAGGACUGGGAUGGAUACUGCAGGCGAGCCAAGCUCAUGACAGACAUCCAUGCUGCGGUGCCGAGGGAUAUUGAGAAAGACGUGAGGGAAGCACAGAUGCGAGGCGAAGAUAAAAUCAUAGAACCGGACCAAACCAUCGCGAAACCACACUCGAAAGGCAAAGAAACAGAGCGGGUUAAAGUCACGCCUUCCGGACCGAAACUCACGCGCAUGAAGAGUGAGGAUGAGGAGAAUACGAGGAGCAGGAGGGGCGGGACGCAGGAUGCGGAGAGUGGGACUGAGGACGAUGCUGUGACUGAGCGGAGGGAGGGGACGAGGAGGAGUAAGGUGCCUGAGUCAAGGAGACAGGGUAAUAUCUUUGGGAUCAAGGGUCUGGGCGAUGGUAUGCAGCUCGACUCCCCACCGCAGAAGAGGAUUUUUGCUGUGCCGGGUGCGCAUACACCGCCUGUUUCUACUCCGAACGAGAACGGGAAAGGGAACGGGGAGGGAGAGGGAGAGGAUAAGGAUCCGUUUACGACUGUGACCUCGAAACGGAAUACCCACCCCGAUUCUUCUACUGCGACAGGAGGAACAGCAGCAGUAACACAACCCGACACCGAGACGCCCGACCUCCUCAAAUUCUCAACUCAAAACCCCUUCGCCGCCAUCCAACCCAAUAACCAAACUCAUCCCCUCUACAGAGAGUUUUCGUUUAGUUGGGAAGAUGCGAUGGUGGUGCAUGACGCCGGUGUUGGUAAGAGUGGUGGUGGUGGUGGUGGUGGUGGUAGUGGAAGUGUGAGUGGGAUGAGUAAAGCGGAUGUACGCAAGAGACACGCCACGGAGGAGUUUGAGAAGAAGGAAAGGUGGGAGAUGAAGAGGUUUCGUAAGGCGGGCGGCGAUUUGAAGAGGUUUAAUCGGGGGGAUUGGGGGGUUAGGAUGGGGGUUGGACGGCUGUAA